AUGCCCAAAACCAGUCCUAGGCCAGAUGGCCUCAACACUGCCGCUCCGCAACCAGCACAAGCAACACAACCUGCGAAGCGCUUUCAAUUGCCGGCGCUGAACCUCUCUUUGGGCUCUCUGACGGAGGGAACUGACAUCCCGCCACCCAUUCCAUCGCCAGUCCAGGAAGUUCCCACACCACCAAAGACCCCGCCAGCCGAUGAUGCGCCCAAGAAGACAACGAAUGGCGCGGCUAAUGUACAGACCAAUGGCUUGGAUACUUCUCCCAAGUCGGAUGUCUCAAGCUCUACGAAUGGCGGAUUGAAGCGUCCGGUGGACCAAGGUCCUGUAUCGCCCACCUACUCGAGCCGUGGCAGCUUGCGACGGUAUCUAAGCAAGAAUCUACUUCACAAUGCUUAUGAUGAGCAAGCUUCCAUCAGUAGCCAAGUUGCUUCUAGACCCCCUAGUCGUACAGCAAGUGUUGCAGCAGAGGAGCGAAAGGCCAAGCGUGGCAGUGGAUGGUUCCGACGUCUCCGGUCGAAUGACUCAAAACGAAACAGCAUGCAACAAUUCGAAGAGGUCCACGUCGAAAAGAAGGGGCCACCACCGCCCACGAUUCCCGAGAUGAGCGCCUUUAAGAUUGAUACGGCAAUUGGCGAUGAUCUCUUCAAAGAAAUCAAAUAG